UUGGUUUUUUUUUUUUUUCGGUAAAUGAUUGUUGAUUCCUGCUUUAAAGGGUGGCAUAUAGAAAAACCAAAGGCAGCCUACAUGAGUGUAGCCAUAGAUGAGCUACGAGUAAUUUUAAUGCUAAUCCAUUAGCCCCACUUUCUGUCUUUCCUUUUUCUUUUAUGUCAGUGUUCUUAUCUCUGAGUUUCUAGCUUCUUUCACAAGCAUUAUCCACUCCUUUUUUGCAUAGUAAAUUCAAUUACCUAAAUCUCUAUGUGAUGCUAAGUAGUUAACAAUAAAACUUAUUUUUUCUUAUUGCUGUUAGCAUCUAAUAAAAAACAUGUAAAUUUAGAGCCUAAACAUAAAGAAAACUUAAGUAUCACUGAUAUGGGAUCUUUUCUUAUAUUCCUUUUCCCUCCUAGAUAAAACCACGUGGUACACUUUGCAGGAAAUCAGCUGAUGAAGAGUGUGAUUUCAAUGAAUAUUGCAAUGGAGAUGAGAGUAUCUGUGUGCCUGACACUUACGUACACGAUGGAUAUUUUUGUGAUUCGGGUGAUGGCUUCUGUUAUAAAGGACGAUGUCGGACAUUUGACAAACAGUGUAAAUCAGCAAUUGGAGGAGUUUUGUAUCAGAUUUGAAUGUAAAGAGACUCGUUUCUUUAUGGAUUUGCAUGACUGUGAUGCUACUAGAGAUUGCAAUAAGAGUGGAAUUUGCAAUAAUUUUAACCAUUGCCAUUGUAACAAAGGCUUUGUACCUCCUUCUUGCAAAGCAAUGAAAGGACAGUUUGGAAGUGUCGAUGAUGGACACCAGUUUCCCGAAGCUAGAAGUUCUAUUCAGAAAAGAUAUGCUACUUCUCCGAAACACCAGCUUCUACUCAUUGGCUACGUUUGUCUCCCUGUGCUCAUCAUACUUACUGCUAUAUUAAUAAUGCAGAAUAAAUUAAGAGAGUUUUUCUACGGAGAGGAAACUGAAGAUGAGAGAUCUGUGACAGAAGAAAGCAGCAGUAGCAGCAAGUUAUCCCUUAGUUCAAGCAACAGCCUCUCACAACUUUGAAAUACUAAAGCCUGGAGAGAGAAUACCAAAUACAUCAUCAGAAGCUGGCCUAAACCAAGAAGGAAAAAAAAAUACUCUCUCCCUUGCCCCUGUUGUCACUCCUGAGGGUUUUAAACUAUUAAUAAAUACCUGUGCCUGAAGCCCUCA